GGCAGACUUUGUGGGGCAGGAGGAGAACCCAGCUCAAGAGACAGCGAGUUCACCACUCACAGGAGCAAGCCAGAGCAAUGUCCCUGGCUGGGGUGAGCUGCCUGGUGACAGGAGCAGGAGGAUUCCUUGGCCAGAGGAUUGUGCGCUUGCUGCUGGAAGAAGAGGAGGCGCUGGCUGAGAUCCGCCUGCUGGACAAAGCCUUCAGCCAUGAAGCCCUCGGGAGGUUUGACAAGUUCAAGGGUAAGACUGAGGUGAAGAUCCUGGAAGGAGACAUCCGAGAUGUGACAUUCCUGCACCGUGCCUGCCAGGGGGUCUCCCUCGUCAUCCACACGGCUUCCCUCAUCGACACCCUGGGCCUCAUUGAGAAGAAGCUGCUCUGGGAAGUCAAUGUAACAGGUACUCAGCUGCUGCUGGAGGCGUGUGUCCGCUGUAACGUCCAGCACUUCAUAUACACCAGCACCAUCGAAGUGACGGGCCCAAACUGCAAAGGUGACCCCAUUUUCAAUGGUGAUGAAGAUACAGCUUAUGAGAGCACACCCAAAUUUCCUUAUGCCCAAAGCAAGAGACUGGCAGAGGAUUCCGUGCUGAAAGCAGACGGCCAGGUGCUGAAGGAUGGUGGCACGCUGAUGACCUGUGCCCUGAGGUCCAUGUACAUUUUUGGGGAAGGCUGCCCAUUUCUCCAGGGCCAUCUGGAUAAGUGCCUGUUGAACAAGAACGUCUACCUGCGCUUCUCCAGGAAGGAGGCUCUGGUGAACCCCGUGUACGUGGGGAACAUCGCCUGGGCACACGUGCAGGCAGCCAAAGCCCUCCGAGCCCCGCAGAAAGCCAAGCAUAUCAGGGGCAAAUUCUACUACAUCUCAGAUGACACCCCUCACAUGAGCUAUGCUGAUCUGAAUUACGAGCUGACCAAGGACCUGGGGUUUGGAAUUGAGCCCCAGCUGCCCAUGCCUCUGACAGUGCUCUAUUACUUCUCGCUGCUGCUGGAGAUCGUGAGCUUCUUGCUCCGGCCCUUUGUCAGAUACAUCCCCUCCACCAACCGGCACCUGGUCACACUGCUGAACACCCCGUUCACCUUUUCUUACAGAAAAGCACAGCAGGAUUUUGGCUACGUGCCCCGCUACACGUGGGAAGAGGCCAAGAAGGGCACUGGUGAGUGGAUUGCCUCUGUGAUCCCCCAGAGAAGGGUGUGCUUGCAAAGCAGCACUGCCUAAGCCUGAAGAGCAGCUGAAACCCAACUAAACAAGUAGUGCCUUGAGCCAGAGGAGAGCUGGGGGAGAAGCAACAGCAUCAGCAAACUAGAAAGCAUUUAAAUGAAUACUUUGUGUAAAAGUCCACUGAUACCCCUCACCCCCAACCUCAGAAUAAAUAAAAGUGAAACGUUCA